AUGUCAAGUACACAACAAGAGAGUGUUGUUGAUAAUGCAAUUACUCCAUCACAAUCACAAAUACCACCAGAAAGUACAGUUGCCAAUUCAACAGUUAAUGUAGUUGGUGAAUUGUCUAAUCAGAGAUGGACAUCAUCAUUACUUAUGUCCGUCAUUAUUGUUGUACUAUCUACUAGUUUUGUCAUGGGAGUUAAUAUUGGUGGUCCAAAUUUAUAUAACGGUUUUAUUGUUCCAUGGACUCGUGGUCAUCCAUUUCCUUGUCAAAAAGAAGGUAGUACAUCACAAUGGAUAGCACGUAAAUGGUGGGAUUGUGUUUAUAAUGAUACAGCAAAAAAUCUCAAUGGUUAUUAUUAUCUUCCCGAUAUAUCAAAAAAAACUCUUAUUGGUCAACGAUUAAAAGAUUCAAUUCAUAAUGUUUUAUUUGUUAUUGGUGGUUUUAUUGGUGCUUAUUCAGGACAAUAUUGGUAUAAAUGUUUAUCAAGACGUAAUGCUAUUUUCGCCAGUAUGCCAUUUCAAUUAGUGGCAUCAAUAUUUAUGAUUAUUACAUUAUAUCUUUAUCGUGGUUAUGACACAGAUGAUCCAGAUCAAACAACUAUUCAUAGAGCAACGAAAAAUAAAGAUGUAGCAAUUAGUUUUUUUUAUAUUUCUCGAUUUCUUUCUGGAUUUUCUGCUGGCAUGUGUUGUGUAGUAUCAACAUCUUAUUUAAAUGAAAUAAGUCCUCGAGCACUUCGAGGUACUGUAGGUGCUUGUCAUCAAUUAGCAAUUGUAAUAGGUAUUCUUUUUGGACAAAUUAUUGGUUUACCAUGGAUAUUAGGACGACAUAAUGCUUGGAAUUGGGGUAUGUCAUGGGUUGGUUUAUUAUCGUUGAUGGGUUCUAUAUUUAUUUGGACAUUGCCUGAAAGUCCUCGAUGGCUUGUACAAGAACGAAAACAAAAUGAAGCUGCACAAUCAUUACGUAAAUUACGACAAAGUAAUGAUAUUGAAGCUGAAUUAGUUGAAAUUGAAGAAGAAGAAACUGCAUCAAAUAAAAGAGAUCUUGGAAUUGGUAAAGUACUUUCAUCAAAUGAAUUUCGAUGGCCAUUAAUAACAAGUUUGGUAUUAAAUGCUAUUCAACAAUUAUCAGGCAUAAAUGCUGUAGAAAUGAAUAAUACAUGUUUUCUUCUUUAA